GAGAGCAGAAAAUUUAAAAAAUAAAAAUAGAAAACACAGGAGAAGCUCACUACCAAAUUGCCCAAUUUGUCAAAUAGCAAUAGACAAACGCCGAUCCGUUGCCUGAAUUGGCAAUUGGCGCUCUUUGCCCUCCAUUUUCUUCAGUCCCUUUCGAAAAGCUGCGAUCAGUCUUCUUUAUAGUUCGGAGCGACCACUAUUGGCCGAGCUUCAGUUGCUAAGAAGGCAGAUAAUGUUUAGAUCAUUCCUUCUAAAGGCUGUCAUUAAACAGCUUACUUAUCAUCCAGCUGUCACUAAACAGCUCUGUCGUCAUCCUUUCCAGUUCCAUCUAGAGAGAGGAAUGCACAGCAGAAAUAAGAAGGCGAUGGAGUACAUAGCUAAGGGGUGGAAUGCUCUGCAGGAAGUUGAUAGAGUAAUUGAUUAUUGUGAGCUUAAUGACAAACGUCUCAUUCCUUCACUUAGGACAGCAAAGGAGAAUUUUGAGUUGGCUCUGGAAGCAGACAACUCAAAUACCCAUGCAAGAUAUUGGCUUUCAAAACUGCAUCUCAAGUACCAUGUCCCUGGGGCAUGCAAAGCUGUAGGGGCUGCUUUAUUAGUGGAAGCUGCGGAGAUGGGUGAUCCAGAUGCUCAAUUUGAAUUAGGUUGCCGUCUAAGAGUUGAGAACGAGUAUGUGCAAUCAGAUCAGCAAGCAUUUUACUACUUGGAGAAGGCUGUUGACCAGUUGCAUCCAGGUGCACUUUACCUCUUAGGUGCUGUGUAUCUUACUGGGGAUUGCGUGAAAAAGGAUGUUGGCUCUGCGUUGUGGUGUUUCCAUAGAGCAUCUGAGAAGGGUCAUGCUGGAGCAGCUAUAGCUUAUGGAUCCCUUCUACUGCAAGGUGUGGAACUUCCAGAAUCAAUAACGAAAUUUUUAGUGAAGCGGGGGUCCUCAAGCAGAAUAUCAAGGAGGAAUGCAGUCGAUCCUGAGCUUAAUCCGAUCGAGCUGGCCAGAGAACAAUUUGAAAUUGCUGCAAAAGCAGGAUCUGACCUUGGAUUUAGAUGGUUAAAAAGACUUGAGGAGGAAGAGAAACGUCUGCUGUCUUCCUAGUUCACGAAUAUCAGAGAUUAUAAAAGAGAUGAUUCAUUAAUGUACCUACAAGGGUACGUAUUAGGUACUAAACUGUUGAACAUUGUUAUAUAUGUAAAUCUUGUUUUUGAACACCACUCCUUUUCUUGAGGAUUGAUAUAUACGAUUACAUAUGUGUCUGUUCAUAUAUUAUAUAUGGUACACAUUUUAGAGUCCUCCUUUGUGAGAUUCGUUAAACAUAGCCAAUCUCGAGUCUAGAUAAAUGAUGGUUGCAGUUGGUUGACAUAAUUGAACUGUAAAUUAUGUUCUUGAGCCGAGGGUCUAUCGGAAAUAGCCUCUACCCCACCAGGGUAGGGGUAAGGUUUGCGUGUACAUUACCCUCCCCGUUGCUCUGACAUCUUUGGCUCUUUAGCUCAAUGUAUAUGGUGUGCUGGAAAGUUAUUAA